AUGUCGUCGGCUGCGCAAGAAGACAAAGAAGAACGCGACAAGCUGCCAGAGCCAACCGCCGACCCAGCACCCGAUGGCGGCUUAACUGCAUGGCUCCAAGUAUUCGGGUCUUUUUGGGCAUGGUUCAACACGUUCGGCCUCACGAAUGCCUUUGGCGAAUUCCAGACGUACUACUCACAGACACGGUUUUCAGGCGAGUCUCCUGCGCUGAUAUCACUGAUUGGUUCUAUUCAACCUUUCGUCCUCAUCCUUUUCGGCUUCCUUGCUGGGCCUCUGUGGGAUGCAGGCUACUGUCGGACGCUCGUCAUCGCCGGGACUGCCAUAACUGCCUUUGGGUACUUCAUGGUCAGUAUUUGUGAUGCAUACUGGCAGGUUAUGCUCGCACAGGGUGUCUUGAUCGGCUUCGGUUCUGCCUUCUUGUAUCUGCCUGCGAUCGCCGUCAUCCCGCAGUACUUCAACCGUCGCAAAGCGUUGGCGAAUGGCAUCGCUGCCAGCGGGGGUGCAUUCGGGGGGGUCAUUUAUCCGAUUGUAUUCCGAAAUCUUCUGCGAAACCUGUCUUUCGGGUGGUCUGUACGUGUCCUGGCUUUCAUCGUCAUUGGGACUGGUAUUAUUCCUGUCUUGAUCAUCCGAGCUCGCAUUCGACCAACGACGAGACGUCCCCCCAAGCUCGAUGUCAAGCCUUUCAUCACCGAGCCCGCAUACGGACUCUAUACUCUAGCCCUCUUCUUCUGCCUCGCCGCGCAGUACACGCCUAUCUUCUUUAUCCAGGACUAUGGAAAAGCAAAAAAGAUCAUGUCCGAGAGCCUUGCCGCAUACCUCCUUCCUAUUCUCAAUGCCUGGUCAAUCCUCGGUCGUAUCGCUCCGAACAUCGUGGCCGAUCGUACGGGAGGCAUCAACGUCCUUGUCCCUUGCAUGGCAGUCGCCACUAUUCUCACCUUCUCCUGGAUCGGCAUUACUAGUACGGCUGGCUGCAUCGUCUUUGUUAGCCUUUAUGGUUUCUUCAUUGGCUGCAUCCUAUCCAUGCCCGCCUUUGUCAUCUCCUCACUGUGUCCUGACCCGAAGGUGGCGGGCACACGAAUGGGGAAUGCUUUUGCGGUUUCAAGCUUCGGCUUGCUGCUGGGUCCGCCAGUGGCGGCGGCGAUUGUACAGAGUGGAAGCUGGCUAGGAACUCAGCUCUUCGCUGGGAGCCUGCUGGUUCUAGCAACAAGUGCAUUACUGGUUGUGAGGGUGCAUGUUGCGGGUUGGACGCUGCAUCGCAAGGUCUGA